AAUUACCGAUAUGGUUGCCAAGCACACUGGACUGGACACAAAGCUCCACUUUUCCAGAUUCGCUGUGGAAUUGAUAGAAUCGAAUGAAUGAAGCAUGAGGAAGGACGCUGAAGAAAUUUCAGCUCCACUUCUUACUACCGAGAAACGGGCUGAACCAUACAAAGACCAUGCCUCCGGUUCCGGAACAUCUUCUCCGUCGUGCGAGCCGUUCGGAGACGAGAAUUCUCCGGUGGAGCAGGUGGCUCUCACGGUACCCGUCACGGAUGACCGGACCCUGCCGGUGGUCACCUUCCGGAUGUGGGUCCUGGGAGCCCUGGCAUGCGUUGUCCUGUCUUUCCUCAACCAGUUCUUCUGGUUCCGGCGGGAGCCGCUUUCUCAUCAUAAUUCUCUCAACAUUCUUCUAUAUCAGAGAGUGGAUGCUGAUGGUGCUAAUCUAAAUGAUUUUGAAGUGUGUAAUAGACACAAUAUUGACAACACAGGACUUGUUUGUCAGUGGCCAUCAGAAGAUGUCCUUGCUUACUAUUGCUUGUCAAAUGCUGAUAAGUUCAGGUGUAAGAAAGUAAUAGAACUGGGAUCAGGCUAUGGCUUAGCUGGCUUAGUUAUUGCUGCGGUGACACAAGCGACAGAAGUCAUCAUAUCAGAUGGAAACCCUCAAGUUGUCGAUUAUAUCCAGCGUAGUAUUGAUGCCAAUUCCGGUGCAUUUGGUGAUUCAAUCGUGAAACCAAUGGUGCUGCACUGGAAUCAUGACAAGCUGGUAGACUUUUCCAACAGCUUUGACAUUAUUGUGGCGAGCGACUGCACUUUUUUCAGAGAAUUCCACAAAGAUCUUGCUCGAACUAUCAGAACCUUGUUAAGAAAAGAGAAGCCUUCUGAAGCCAUACUUUUCAGCCCCAGAAGAGGUGAUUCGCUGGACAAGUUUCUACUGGAAACAGAGGAUAGUGGCUUGCAUUAUAACAUUAUUGAGAUGUAUGAUUCAGAAGUUUGGAGGCGUCAUCAGAAAUUUGUGGAAGGUGAUGACUCCUGGCCCAACUAUGAGAAGGAUCAUUGCUAUCCUCUUUUGGUCAAUAUAACUCAGUGAAACUUGUGGGUCAUUUUCACCAUUGGCUGAGAGCUCUUUAUAUAGUUAUUGUACGCAAGGAGCUGCAUGCACUUGAAGCUAAUCUAUCAAACUUUUUUUGAAACUAUAGUCAUCAGGUUGACCCACAUGAUUGGUUGUGUUCUUGGCUGCUCUUGCUUUUGUAUGCAACGCAUUAUUUUCUGUGCUUAAGAAAGUUUUCUUCAAGACCUUACA